UAGUCUAUACGUAAUCGCGAACUCUAUGGCAGUACAAAAAAAAGUUUAUUGAAUGUUAGCAAAAUUUCCAAAAAAUAGUUUUUGAAUAGAUUAUUUACAGAAAAUAAUGGCAAGUAUAGAAUUGGAUAUAUGGAGAGGAGAAUGGGGUCUGGCUUCGAUUGAUUCAGAAUGUCUUAAAGUUUUAACCUAUAUGAAAUUUAUCGGAGUGCCAGUAAAAGUGCGGGAAUCGAACAAUCCGUUUUUCACACCCAAAGGCAGGCUACCAGUCAUGCGCGAUGGACGCACCGUCCUUACUAAUUUUGAAGAAGUUGUUGAUCAUUUAAAAACCUUGCAUUACAGCACAGAUGUCCACUUAAACACCAUGCAGGCAGCCGAAGCCAGUGCCUUUACGCAGUACCUGAGCGAGAAACUUUACCCGGCAUACCAGUUUGCGUGGUGGGUGGAUGAGAAGAACUAUGCAGAUUUGACUCGGCCCACAUAUGCUAAGGCCUUGAGAAUUCCCUUCAACUUCUACUAUCCCUCCAGAUACCAGACAGCAGCUAAAGAGAUGGUUGAUGCACUCUAUGGAGAGCAUACAGACCUUAGAGAAAUAGAAAAAACAAUAUACGGUGAAGCAGAAAAGUGCCUUAAAACCCUGUCAGACAGGCUCGGAGAGAGCGAAUACUUCUUCGGUAACCGGCCGUCCUCAUUCGAUGCCACUGUAUUCGCAUACCUUGCUCCUCUGGUCAAAGCUCCCUUCCCAAAUGCAACGCUUGCUAACCAUGUUAAAGGCAUUGCUAACCUCACUAGGUUCGUUGCGAGGAUAAAUCAGAAGAACUUCAGACAUGUUACUGAUGAAUACAACAGACAGAACGCAAAGCAGCAGUCAACGGGCACUCAGUCCGACCGCGAGGCAGCCAACUUCCCGCACCAGACCCGCAACAAGCUGCUCGCGGCGCUGUUUGCCGCCAUCGCCAUGGCGGGCUACGCGGUGGCCAACGGCAUGUUCCAGGAUCUGAAAGAUUUCGAACACUCCCAAGACUACAGCGAGAUGUUUGAGAAUGACGAAGACGACAACUGACGCGCGUGGGAGCGCUAGCGGCGCCGGCGACGCCCUAGCACCCGCUCUUACCGCUCCUGCU